AUGGAUGUUGCACGAUGUCAAUAUGAAUCUCUACAUGAUGUUGGUAGUGGUGACGAUGGAGCUAAUCAACUUCGUCAUUGGAAAUUAGCAACAGCUGUAACACCAAUAACAACAACUGAUUAUACGAAAUUUCUAACACCUCGUGUUAAGCGUAAAAAAAGAGAAAAAAUAACAACUGGAUUUAUUGAGCAAAGUGAUGAUGAAGUUACUCGAGGUGGUGAACAAACAACGAGAAAAACAACAAAUGAUGAAACAACACGAUCACCAUUAGAAAAUAUUGAAGAUGAUGAAGAUGUUGAUUUUUCUGAAGCAACACCAAAUAUGUCAUUGGAUUUUUUUACACUUGAACAAAAGUUAGCUUUAGCUCGUAAUUAUUAUCAUGAUGCAAGCAAAGAAAGCGAAGAUGGUAUGAUUAGUUGGGAUGAGAGUGGUAUGUGCAGAACAUCAUAA